AUGAAGCCCACGUACCUGCUACCCUUCGCGGCCCUCCUCGGCCGCGCAAUCCAUUCUACGGCUCAGUUCAUUGACCCCGUAACCUUCAAUCACACAAGCUCGAAGGGCGCCGAAAUAAAUUCAACAAGCUCACGUGGUGGCAUGGCGCGCCGGUUGAGACGACGCUGGGGAAGACUACUUUCCACCCGGGUAGAGGUAGUCAGUACGAGUACAAGCAAAAGCACAUAUAAGAAUUCAGCGGCAGUUACGGCGACAAGUACGGCAACAGGCACGGGUUUGGCCACAGCGGUCGAGUCAUCUAUAGCUACUACCAUGGAAACAUCGACACGGCAUAACACCGCAACGAUACACGAACGCGGUCGAGUAUCCAUGACCAGUGCACCAGCGCCGGACACGCACGUGCACACAUGUACAGACAUAUUCACUCAGCAACCCACUGCGAUCCCAGCACAAACUACAUCCACCCCACGACCAACUGAGACACCAUAUUUACCUCGAGGCCCGCAGGAGGGGCUCGUCCUAGGCCUGGGUCUUGGUCUGCCGUGUUUGUUUAUCUUUGCGCUAGCGUGCGUGUCCUGUCCAAACAUGGCACCACUGAAUUCAUUGUCAGGGCCCAUGAUGGGGAGGUCGAGUGGUGCUGCCCAAGAGGCACCAGCCGGUGAUGGGAAGGAUGAGGAAUUGGAGAGCGUUGUGGUUGUUCCUGCUAUUACGUAUCAGAGAGCGGAGGAGGAGGAGGAGGAGGAGGAGGAGGAGGAGUUAGGCGGACCAGCCAUCCACCAAAACAAUACACGACAAACCUCAUGUGCUUAUUGUUCAAGAAUUUACGCAUGAAAACUUGCUGGGCUUGCAAAUUGGCGGCGGCAAAGCUCCUCAACGUGUGCCGUGUAGUACGUGGCAAGUGUGUU